CAGUGUUUCCCUACAAAAAGCGAUCCAAGCUGUGCUGAUUUGGCAUGUAUAAUUCUACAUAUAUGUUUGAUGACGAUUCUGAUGAUGAAAUCCCUACACAACAAGCUAUUCAGGAAAGCUUACAAGAUAGGCAUAAAAUUGAAACAAGUGGCAGUGCAACAGAGGAUGAAAGUUUCCGGUAUAUUGCAAGUGAAGAACACGAAAAGAUAAUUGCAGCAAUUCGGACAGGCCAAGAGGAGGCCUUGGUGAAGUUGGUGAAGCACAGUUCUGCUUUUGAAGAAGCAGAUCAGCAAGGCUGGCUUCCUGUGCAUGAAGCUGCAGCACAGCUAAAUAAGAACAUCCUUGAAAUAACUUUGAAAGCCUCCCGUGCCUCUACAUGGGAACAGACCACUCUAAAAGGGGAAACACCUCUCUUGGUGGCAGUAAGAAAUUGCUUUGUAGAUAAUGUCCGCUUUCUUCUGCUCAAUGGCUGCAAUCCCAAUGUUAAGAAUGAAGAGGGAGAUUCUCCUUUAGUUACAGCAGUUAAAUAUGAUUCGUAUGAGAUUGCCUCCUUGUUGAUAAGUUCUGGUGCAAAAGUGAAUUUGCAAUGUGUCCACAAGAGGACUGCUUUACACGAGGCAGCCAGAUUAGGCAGGAAGGAUCUGGUGAAGCUUCUUCUUCGUUCUGGAGCAGAUCCUGACCCUCGCAGUGGCUAUGGGCUCACACCUCUGGCACUGGCUGCACAGGUCGGACAUACAGAAAUUAUGGAGCUCUUAUUGCAAAAAGGUGCGGAUGUUCUUUCACAGGCAAUGGAUUGUGCUUCUGUAUUAUUUGAAGCUGCAGGAGGAGGAAACCCAGAUUCUCUGAGUCUUUUACUAGAAUAUGGAGCUGAUGCCAAUGUACCAAAGCACUCGGGUCAUUUGCCAAUCCACAGAGCUGCAUAUAGAGGACACUUUGUAGCCCUAAAAUAUUUAGUUCCAGUUACCGAUUUUGAUGCCAUUAAAGAAAGUGGGAUAAGUCCAGUUCACUCAGCAGCAGCAGGAGCACAUCCUCAGUGCCUUGAGUUUCUCCUCAAAUCUGGGUUUGAUGCCAAUUUCAUGCUGGAUCAAAGAGUUCGCAAAGGCUAUGAUGACCACCGGAAAUCAGCAUUGUACUUUGCUGUUUCCAAUGGGGAUAUCUGUUCAACACAGUUGCUGUUGGAUGCUGGAGCCCUGCCAAACCAAGAUCCCAUCAACUGUCUCCAAAUAGCCUUGAGAAUGGGCAACUAUGAGUUAAUUAAUCUACUGCUCCGACACGGGGCUAAUGUCAAUUACUUCUGCAGAGUGAAUACAACACACUUUCCAUCAGCUCUACAGUAUGCUCUGAAAGAUGAAGUCAUGUUAAGGAUGCUGAUGAACUAUGGGUAUGAUGUGCACCGCUGCUUUGAUUGCCCACAGGGAAACAGUUCGCGUUCCCAGUAUGUGACUGAUGGAUGGACUUCUACUGUUAUCAAAGAUACAAUGUUCUGUGAAGUGAUAACCUUGUCAUGGUUGAAGCAUCUGUCCGGGAAAGUGGUACGAGUAAUGUUAGAUUAUGUCGAUCAUGUUAAUAUCUGCUGGAAGCUAGAAGCAGUUCUCAAAGAACAGGAACUCUGGCCAGACAUCAAUUCAAUUUUAACAAAUCCUCGCUCUCUGAAGCAUCUUUGUCGCCUGAAAAUACGGGAAUGCAUGGGCCGGUUGCGUCUCCGUUGUCCUGUCUUCAUGACCUUCCUUCCACUGCCAAACUGCUUGAAAGACUACAUACUGUACAAGGAAUAUGAUCUUUACGGACAGGAAAACUUCAUAGGAACAUACAACCUCAACUGUACAUAAUUAUUAGCUCGUGUUUUGAAGGGAAUGCUGACGUGGAUAAGACUGUCUUAUGCAGCAGCUUUUUUCUUUUGGGAUUUUCUCCUGUGUAUGUUAAGGAAUACCAACACUUCCCCCCCUCACCCCUCGAAGAAAAUGGGGAGAAUCCCAAAAUGUAAGUAUUGGUGAUCCCAUUCUACGUAUCUACUGGAAUAUAAACUAUCUGAAAGUUAUGGCAAUAGUAUUAUAAACGUCUAGUGUGAAAAGGUAGGAACUGUAAAGUGUAGGGCUGCAAACCUUGUGUUGUUGCUAUGUUAAAGCCUGUCAUAACCGAUAACACUACCACCGUUGCAGCGUUAAACUCAGGGUUUAACUCAAGAUCAGGGAUUUAACUAACACCAGGU